CCAACGAUUGCAGACUUGUUUCUCGAGUUUUGACUCCGUGUUCGUCCUAGCCCUAGCCCUAGUUUGUGAGGUUGAUCCCUCGCUUGAGCUCCGAUUUUGAAAACCCAGAUCCUCAAAUCAACUCUACUUGCUUCGCCGGCUUCAACGGCGUCGUGGAAGAGGCCGAAGAACGAAGACGAAGACGAAGGCGAAGAAGCACACCACGACGAAUACUUUGUACGUUGUGGGAGGAGAAGCAGAACCAGAAGUGACUCCUCUUCCGACAGCUUGGGUCGCCUCGCUGUAGAUUGCAUCUGCGUCUGAAUUCGCCGGAGAUUGCUGUCGUUCCAAUCGUUUCGUCGAAUUCUCGAGCUUCGUCUCCCGCUCCUCCGUCCUUCGUCGAUGAAAUUUCUCCACCUCCCUUUUCUCUUCUUGUUCUUCAGCCGCUUAACUUCUCGCUCUUGAUUGGUCAUCAAUCUUCCAGUUAAGCGAAUUGGAGAAAGAUGGCAAUGAGAAGGUUCUCUUGAUGGGCUACGCUAAGCUCCGAGAUUAUUGAUAUCGACAAUGAUGGAUAGAGCUGGAGUUUUUAAAUACUGUGGCUGGUGGAGAAGAUAGCAAUGAGGGGUCAUCAUUACCGAGUCUUUUCCUUGGAAACACAAGAUCAACUCGUGGAAUUCAGUUCUUUUCGAGUGUUCACAGUACAUCCGAGAAAAAGGUCACUACUAUGAUGCCUCAAGGAGCCUGGAAUUUUAUCAAGAAUUUCUGAGAGCUGUUCCAUAGAGGGAAUUCUUAGAGCUUCUUUCAGUACAAAAAAGAAAAGCUCAGGUUCGUUCAUAAGCAAAAUGAUCGAGAAUUUGAAAAAAAGUAACAAGGUGGUAAAGAAGCAAGCUAUAAAAGGAUAUCCUGGAGCAAACCCUCAGCCUUUAUGCAAAAAGCCUACAAACAAGAAUCGAAGCAGGAAGAUCAAUAACCCCAAACAACUGCGAGAAUUACCCCAAGAUUCUAGGUUUCCUAAUAAGCCGUGGAUCUGUAAGAACUAUGCUUGCAGAAAAUUCCUAUCAGCGAGUGAAAAAUUCUGCAAAAGAUGCUCAUGUUGCAUCUGUGGAAAAUUUGAUGACAACAAGGAUACUGGAAAAUGGCUGGAAUGUAAGUAUCAGUCGGGUGAUAAUGAGAGAGACAAAUGUAAUCAUUCUUGCCAUGUUGAAUGUGCUUUGGAGAAGCAUGAUGUUGGUGUUGUCUAUCAUGGGCCAUCAAUGCAGCUGGACGGUGGUUACCGUUGUUGUUUUUGCGGCACAGUUUCAGGAAUUCUGGACUUUUGGAAGAAGCGGCUGGUUAUAGCAAAACACACAAAGUGUCUAGACACACUAUCUUAUAACAUCAACUUGAGCUGCAGGCUUCUUGAUGGGACUUUUAAGUUUAAAGAUCUGCAUACUAUUGUGAAUGAUGCAAAGGCAAAACUCGAGAGCGAGAUUGGUCCGACGGAUAUGGAUUCAGCCGGUACACUUCGUGGUCUUGUUGGCAGACUCUCAGUAGCAGAGCAUGUUAGAAACUUAUGCUCUCUUGCUAUUGAAAAGGCUGAUCAAUUCUAUCCAUUUGAUGCCUAUCCGUUGACCAGAGCUCGUGCAUGUAAUUUUGUAUGCGACGAAGUAACUUUGUCAUCGGUACAGAUUACCGUGUUAGGGACGUUCUCUGCUAUGGCUCCUGAUGGGUUGAAGGGAUAUAAACUGUGGCACCACAAGACAAAAGAUGAAAUUCGACCUGAAGAACCAACUCAUCUGAUUCCGACUACUCCAAAACCGGUUACAAUCUCCGGUCUUAAACCAGCCACCAAGUACACUUUCUGUGUUGCUGCAUAUUGCGAGACUGGUGAUUGGGGUCACUCCGAGACUAGUUGUGUAACCAAAGGAGGUGAUGAUGAGUUACUUGAAAUCUAUCAGAAUCAUAUGGAUUUCGAGAGAGAAAGCCUGAGCGACAAGGAGCUGAACAAUGGAACAGGGAACAGUUCUUCUGGGCACCGGGUCCGAAAUCUCGGCAUUUCUUUGCGUUUGGCCGGAGCAGAUAAGCUUGGUAGUAGCUCCUCCAGAGGGCUCAUUUGUGCUGUGGAUAUGGAGGAGGAAUGGAAUGGGGACAUGCCGGGUAACUCAGGACGACAUGAUUUGCUGUCCGGGCAUCGUGGUCUGGAUCUUAACUUAACGAUGGUUCCCGAUUUGAACGAGGAAGUGGUUCCACCUUAUGAUUCUUCAAAGGAUGGAGAAGUUAAUGGGUCAGGUGAGAUUCACGGGAAUGGCGAAAAUACCAGGAGAUCCAACGAGCAACAAGGCUUUCUGAUCCAUACUGGUAAUGGAACCACCCACCAUUCCCUCAUAAAGACCGGGAACUCGAAGGAAGAUACUCAUGAGAGCAACAGUACUCUCUCCAACAUCCGGGAGCCAUUGUCGCCACCUCGGGAAGAUCUAAACGGUGGCGGGAUUGAGCAGAACUUAGAGCAUUGCAUCAAAACCAUCAGGAGACUUGAGUGUGAAGGCCACAUUAGCUCUGAGUUUAGAUUGAAGCUACUGACAUGGUUUUGCGUGAGGUCGACUCAGUAUCAACGUCGUAUUGUUCAUCUUUUCAUAGAUGCAUUCGUUGAGGAUCCUGAUCAAUUGGCCAGACAACUUAUUCAUUCGUUUCCCGACAUAGAUUCUUCCAAGAGGCCGAGGAACGGCUGUUCCACCGGUGAGAGCUGACAUAACAAAGCUUCAAAGGUGGGUUUUCCGGGUUUGGAUCAGGUUUUGGUUCGUUUAAUUGAACUGAAACUGAACUAAACUCGGGUUUUGGAUCGGGUUUCAGUUCAGUUUGAUUGAUCUGAAACCCAACUAAACUCAGAAAUCGGUUAUGUGAAAUGCCCACUUCUAGUGUCUUGAAGCUUGGCUUCUGAUCAUGCAAAGUUUGGUAGAGGCGGUGAAAUUUUCCUCUGCUGCAUUGGUUUGUCACCGCUGGAUGAUUGAGAACGAUUUCUCGAUUGUUUCUCAACCGUUGGAUCUUUUGUAUAGGCCGAUUCAUUUUUUGGGCGGUGGGCUUUAGGAUUUUGAUUAUAAGAGGGUUGCUGAUUAGGUUUAACCAUUGGGGGAUAUAUAUUCAGGUGAACAGAAACAAAUGGAGACAUUAUGCUAUUUUAUAUAUUACUUUUUAUUCCCUUUUAUUUA